AUGAUACUCUUUGCGCACGGUUUGUCCCGCUCGAAGACCAUCCUGUUGGCAAUAUUUCUUCUCACCUCGUUCUACCUCCUCUUCUCCCAUGUCAGACCAGCAGUCUACCAUCACGCCUUUCAACAGACUGCGCAACAGUCUCAUCAUGAAUCUGUUCAGUACUCACCCGAGGCUCAAAUCUCCAACAUCUCCAUCAACUUGGUCGUAGCGACAUUAGCAGCCGACGACAUCUCCUGGACCUCCACCCUGCCAAUCCCCAACCUCAAUAUCAUCCGCUAUGAGAGCGAUUCGCCCUUCGCAUCAUUCCACCCGCCCGUGGCCAGGGGCAGAGAAGCGCUGAUAUACCAUACCUACCUGCACGACUUUUACGACGACCUUCCAGAUAUCAGUAUCUUUAUCCACUCGCACGAGAAUCCAUGGCACGUCGACCCCGCGCUCCGCCAAUCCAUGACAUUCGCACUCUCCCAGCUCGACGUGCAUCAAGUGAUGCGGAAGCAGUACUUUAAUCUUCGCGUGAGCUGGAAAGAUGCCUGUCCGGCAUGGAUCAAUACCACAAAGACGCCAGAGGAAUCCAUCAAGCAAGAAGAGCCAUUUAUGGCAGAGGCUUUCCAUGCGAACUUUGGACAUGACGUCCCUGUACCGGAGAUACUGGCUGGUCCUUGUUGCUCGCAGUUUGCAGUCACGCGCGAUGCCAUACAAAGAAGAUCGAAAGAGGAGUACAAGAGGUAUAUGGAGUGGUUAGUCAACACCGACUGGAGCGACUACAUAAGCGGGAGAGUUUGGGAGCACAUGUGGCCAUGGUUGUUCCUGGAAGAGGCAGAGGAUUGUACCCCGGAAUUUGAAGCCCUAUGUCGCAUGUAUGCGAUCUGCUUCGAGGGGCCCCAGGAGCUGGAACAAUAUCAACGGCUAUGGCAGGAAAAGGAUGAUCUGAAGGAGAGAACAGAAUUCGUGAAUGAGUUACUGAGGCCCGGACAGGCACGGAGCGCGAGGAUGAGAAUGGACACGAUAGGCAACUUGUUGGAGAGGAAGCUGGAGCAAGCGCUGAGAAGGGGGAGGAGUGCAGGGAUUCGACAGCAAACCACUAAGGACUUGCCCUGGUGA